UAGUUUCUCACAAGUCGACCUCGAAGCAAGAGGGGAGAUCUCGGGAUACAUACACCUUUUCGAGUUAUUCUCAUUCGGAUUCUUUGUGCGACGUGAGGAUUACCCAUUCGCGAGUCCCGGGGUCUUUUAUUAUUAUCUUUUCACUCUUUUUCUCACGGAGCAUCCAUGAAUCCGUCGACGACCUUCUUUCCCAUCGUUUUGCGUGUUUGCGUUGGAUAUUAAUGUGUUAUUUGUCGAGACACCAUGACGGAUAGCUGGAGGCCGACUAGCGCAAGGUCCAGCGGCUCUAGUCCGUUGAAACCGCCUGAACAAGCGGAACUUGUAGCCGAGCCAGAUCAAGAAGAUGAGGAGUAUCAAUAUGAUGACGACAGGGAUAGAGAUUCAGCACUAGGAUCAGAUAUAGCGAGCAGCACUAAUUCCAUCGCGUCGAGCAUUUUGGACUACCGGACGAUUCAAGGGCGAACAUUUCACAGCGACAGACACAACAUCAACUACUUUACCCCGAAUGACGAGCAGCAAGUCCAGUCUAUAGAUAUCAGCCACCACUACCUUACCUUGUUGCUGGAAGAUAGACUUUUCAUCGCGCCAAUACCAAGCCAUGUCCAGAGUGUACUAGACAUCGGAACCGGAUCAGGGAUAUGGUCUAUUGACUUCGCAGAGCAGUACCCAGAUGCCCAAGUAAUCGGGACGGACCUCUCGCCCAUGCAACCCAUGUGGGUGCCACCCAACGUCCGAUUCGAGCUAGAAGACUGCACGCAACCGUGGUCGUGGGGUGAAAGUUCCUUCGACUUUGUACACCUACGGUACUUAUUUGGCGCCAUCCCCGACUGGAAUGGAUUCAUACAAGAGGCAUACCGCGUGACUAGACCUGGAGGCUGGGUCCAAAGCUGUGAGACCGAAGUCAUCAUCCAGUGUGACGACGGAAGCAUCCCUCCUGACAGUACAUUCAAGACCUUCUGGAAUAAGAUGUAUCACGAGAUAGGGGGUAAAAUAGGCACGUCGUUUAAGCCCCUUACCCAUAACUUCCAGGAGAGUGCCUUUAGAGCAGCUGGGUUCCGGGAUGUUGAGGUGUAUGAUUACAAGCUCCCGAUUGGUGGGUGGCCAACCGACCACAGGAUGUCAGAAGUUGGCCAGUACGUCCAAUUAGCAUUACUUAACGACCUCGAAGGCUACACACUCGUGCCUUGGAACACGGUCAUGGGCGAGAACACCCCGGGUUAUAAGGAGAAUCUGUCGCAGAUGCGGAGGGAGCUACAUAAUAGGAGGUUACACGGAUAUAUGAGGACUCGUUAUGUAUAUGGUCAGAAGCCGGAGUCGUGACGUAUACCUAAGUUGGAGGAGUGAUCGCUCGUAUCUUUACGUCGUAGGAUGGGAAAAGAUGACGUGGAUGACAACAGAUCAUCCACAAGCGGAAAGGGGGGCAG